AUGAGGAUCUUAAUUUUUGUCCUCGCGCUGGAUGUUUUCUUGUGUUCGGGGUUUCCAGUGUAUGACUAUGAACUUCCGAUCACCGAAGAGGCUCUCAAUGCUUCCAUUGCCAGGGUCAAUGCUCAGUCAUGGGGGAACAACCUGUAUGGUGUUGUCAGGAGCCACGUCACAGGAGUUGACAUGUGGAACAGAGAUGCCUAUCAGCUAGAGCUGCAGUUCAGCAUCCGUGAGACUGUGUGCAGGAAGGCUUCAGGGAGAGACCCAUUCACAUGUGACUUCAAAAUUGGGCCUUUCGUGGCAACCGCUUUCUGCAGAAGUGUUGUGGAAGUCUCCAAUGAGCUGAUCUCGAACGUUCGCGUGCAGUGCCGUCGUGGCACAUUCAGCUCUGAAUCGAUGAGCAGCGAGGAGAUGAUGUAUAUGCCGAUAAUAAACCCCAACAGGCGAGGCAGCGGUCGCAGAGAAGAACAUAUCUUUGCUCCUGAAGCCUUCCCUUCAACGGGAGGAGGCGGCAGCCGUGGAGACUGGCAGAAACCCAGCUUUUUCAGAUCUGACAAGACUGAAUAA